UGAGGUAAGGCUCUGGCGUGUGUAGCGUUCGACUUCGGAGCAUGCUGACGACUCCUUGUUGCCAGGAAUCGAGCGGAAUCUACGAGCUGGAGACAAAGGCCCUGGGCGGUUCUUGCUGGUGUGAAAUGACUGAGUACAAACUGGUGGUGGUUGGAGCAGGUGGUGUUGGGAAAAGCGCACUGACAAUCCAGCUGAUCCAGAACCACUUUGUAGAUGAAUAUGAUCCCACCAUAGAGGAUUCUUACCGAAAACAGGUGGUUAUAGAUGGUGAAACCUGUCUGUUGGACAUACUGGAUACAGCUGGACAAGAGGAGUACAGUGCCAUGUGAGACUAAUACAUGAGGACAGGCGAAGGCUUCCUUUGUGUAUUUGCCAUCAAUAAUAGCAAAUCAUUUGCAGAUAUUAACCUCUACAGGGAACAGAUUAAGCGUGUAAAAGACUCAGAUGAUGUACCUAUGGUGCUAGUAGGAAACAAGUGUGAUUUGCCAACAAGGACAGUUGACACAAAACAAGCCCAUGAACUGGCCAAGAGUUAUGGGAUUCCAUUCAUUGAAACCUCAGCCAAGACCAGACAGGGUGUUGAAGAUGCCUUUUACACACUGGUAAGAGAAAUACGUCAGUACCGAAUGAAAAAACUCAACAGCAGUGAUGAUGGGACUCAAGGUUGUAUGGGAUUGCCAUGUGUGGUGAUGUAACAAGAUACUUUUAAAGUUCUAGCAUCAGAAAAGAGCCACCGUCAAGCUGCACUGACACCUUGGUCCUGACUUCCCUGGAGGAGAAGUAUUCCUGUUGCUAUCUUCAGUCUCACAAAGAAGCUCCUGCGAUUUCCCCAACUCUCAGUAGAUCAGUAUAAUAUUCUCUAUUUGAGAAGUUCUCAGAGUAACUACCUCCUCAGUUGGUUGUCUGACCAGAGAAAUGAACCUCUUGUUACUCCCAGUAUUUCUCCACCCUGGGUUCUCCCCGAGCACACACAAACCUCCGCCACCCCAGGUUUUUCAUCUGAAAAGCAAUUAAUGCUCUGAAACAGAGAACCAAACUGUAGAAACAUGAAAUUCUGUAGAAAACAAUGUCUUGAGCUCUGAAGUAGCAACUGCUGGUGAUUUUUUUUCCUUUUUACUGUUGAACUUGGAACUAUGUUGGUUUUUGGAGAAAUGUCAUAAAUUACUGUUUUGCUGAGAAUAUAGUUAAUGUUGCUGUUUGGUUUGUUUGUAAUGUUAUCAGCUAUAUUCUAUAAACUGGCAUCUGCUCUUUAUUCAGAAAUACAAAAGUGAA